ACCGCUGGUAUCCAGAACGUCUGAGACAUGUAGCGAGAAGUGAGUCAUAAAGGCGUAGAGAGGAUGUUGGAAAUUGGUGCUUGACGUUUGUGCUAACAUUUGAAAUAUGGUGUUUGUUGUGUGAGGAAUACUUUUCCGAACGACACAUUAAGAUCUAAAUCUGAGAGUUCAACCUACGCUAUGAGCUACGGUUCGCAUUUAGUGUGAAGGACGGUGAUGAUAUUUUGGACGUAAACAACAGCAGAUAAUGUAGUGGCUGUUUACAUUUGCCACGAAAACAUCAGCAUGGCAUAAUGGUAGAUCGAUGAGAGACAUAUUAGGGGCAGCCACCUGAAGUAGUAACAAAUUGUUUGAGGCCUGCAGUUCUGUCACAAUGCCCCGAGCACUCCCAGAUGGGCCUGGUGGCUCUUCCUUUGCCAACAAGCCGGCUCGAGGAUGGCCUCAUUCAGACCAGCAACUUUCCAAAGAAGGCAUAACAUAUGCUGUCAGAUACAUUGGCUGCCUUGAAAUACGCACAUCAAUGAAGAGCUUGGAUUUUGAAACAAGGUCUCAAGUAGCGAAGGAAUGCAUUAAUAGAGUAUGUGAAGCUGCUGGCCUGAAAACUGUUGAUAAAAAAAGAAAGGUUGAGAAGAGAGUUCAACGAGCAAUCGCAGAACAUCCAGUAAUGGACUAUGCUGGCUCCAAUGUGAAUCUAACUGUGUCCAGUUCACGUCUAGUGCUAACUCUCCUAGAAACAGGGCGCAUUAUUGCUGCACAUGAUAUGCCACGAAUUUCUUUUGCAUCUGGUGGUGACACGGACACAUUAGAUUUUGUAGCGUAUGUUGCAAAAGAUGCCAAUGACUGGCGUGCCUGUUAUGUGCUGGAAUGUGGUGGAGGACUGGCUCAGGACGUAAUCAUCACAGUAGGGCAGGCAUUCCAGAUGAGGUAUAAGGAGUUCUUAACGCUUCCCACCACAGCAUUGUCAGCAUCACUUAUAUCUGGUGGUGUUGUGGGUGCAGACCGAGAAUAUUAUAAUGAUCUGCCAGGCAAGGUACCACCAGAACUGGGGCCACCACCACCUGUUCCCCCGAUGCCAGCUGGAAUGCAGCGUGAGACUCGUACAGUUACAGCUGUUGGCAGUGGUACAAACAGUGUGUUCCCAUCAACCACAGACCGCUCAACAAGCAGAGAUGGUGUGACCAGUAACCUGAUUGAUCUGAGCACAGAAGCACCUCCUCCACCACCAAUGCCUAUGCCACGUAGGGAACACGAAUAUGUUAAUGAUGUCAUCACAAGGGAUGUUUUUGACAUGCAACCAUUUGCAACAGAAGUGGAGGGUAUUGGUCAGAGAGCUCAGUUGCAGCGUGAAGCAUGGUUUCAUGGACCUGUAAGUCGACAGCGUGCUGAAGCACUUCUUACUCAUGAUGGUGACUUCCUGGUCCGCGAGUCUCAGGGAUCUCCUGGGCAGUAUGUUCUCACUGGAAUGCAGGGUGGUGUAAAGAAGCAUCUGCUUCUUGUAGAUCCAGAAGGAGUGGUUCGCACUAAGGAUCGGAUGUUCGAAAGUGUUAGUCAUCUCAUAAAUUACCAUUGUCACAAUAAGCUCCCUAUCAUAUCAGCGGAAAGUGCACUUGUGCUGCGUCGUCCUGUUUGCAAGUGAAGCAGGUUUGUCAUUUUCUUUUUGCUCGUAAAUGUUCAGACAGUUGUUACUUUCAGAUGUGUAUGGAAAUUAUUGAUUUUUCUGUUUGUGUUUGCUCUGUUGUAUAUUUUGUGGUGCCGUGCAGCUUUUGCUGUUUUUUGUGUAGCACUAAAUACACUUUUGUGUACUAUUAUUAGAUGAUUAAUAAGUUAACUGUAUAUGAUAUCGCAUUUUCCUAUUAUAUAGGUUUAAUGAUACUAUCAAAAUGCGCCAGUUGUUUAGUUUUCAUUAUGGUUUCACGCAUGACCUGAUUACCUGCUCUUCAUAAAAUUGUAGUUCAGGUGCAUAUAGUUUGAACAGAAAAAGCCAUUUGAUUGUAUUCUGGGAGUGACAGUCUCAAUUAAAGGGAGCAAAUUAUAUGCUGUACUAUGAGAGAACAUUACUGUUUUUCCGAGGAACAUGUUUUGUAAGCCAUGAAUGUUUAAAAGCAUAUAAGUGUUGCUAUGUAUGUCAUUUUAUUUUAUUUACUUUUCUAUAAAGAGUGUAUCAUAUUUUUAAGACAACUGCAUUAUUGUGUGUGCUCAUUGGUGCCAGUUAGUUCUUACAGCUAUAUUUCAAAAGUAGUGUUAGUAAUGUUUCGAAGUAUCCUUUCUAAUUUUACGGUGGAUAGUUCCUAUAAGGGACUAAACAUCAGCAACCUUGAUAAGUAUAUACUGUGCCAUUUACUUUAACUGUAUCAUGUAAUUGUAUGUGCUAUGUAACUAAAUGUGGUGACUGUAGUUGUUUGUGAUCUGAAUAAGAAAAUGAGACAUCAGCUGACACAUCUUGUUAGGUGUGAAUUGGAAGAGCAAGGUAGUUAAACUGAGUACAAAACAAUACAAAGGGUGUGGAUCUCUGGUUAUGAUACUGGUAUCAUUUACUGUAGUCACUUUCCAUUGUAUGUGUAAAUUAUUAUGGUUGCAGUAAAUGAAAUAAAUGUGAUCGUAUCACCGUGAUUAUCAUCAUAGACAAAAUUUU